CAGUGCUCUAAGUUCUGCAAACGUGUAAGGCAGAGGCAUCAGCGAGCGACGUCACCUGGAACGCUUAUAGAAGCGGUCUGACGGCACAAGAUUGUGUGGCCGCAUUCCAGGCAGUGUCAAGCCAGAGUCACGCCCCAAGUGUCAGCAGCUCUCUUCAAGAACGGAAAUCACAUAAUCCUUGGAUCACCCACCCGCCACCGCCUUCCGCAAUUCACUUGGUUCCACGGUGCAUGCCUCUGCAAACAGGAGAAACCUAGAGCUGCGAGCGCUUCUCAAUCCUCGCAACCUUCUCCCAGAAAUCUCCGCACACCACCACCACAAUGCACCGCAAACACCAAAUCUCAGCCCUUGUCUACAGCAUGCUGUACCCAAGUCCCUCGCCCACAGACCCUCCGAAUUUUGCCCAGCAUCUCGCAAAAUUCCUCGUGGGCGAAGUGCGCAUAGAAACAGCCACUUUCUAUGGUUCUCUAGACACCAUUGAAGCGCGAUACCCUGGCCUGAACUAUGCACAUGCUCCCCAUAGAAAGCGAUUAGGCCGCUUCCCGCACCACAAGAAGCUGUUCGAAGCGUUUGACAAGCUAGGACUUACUGAGAGCGAGAUCCAAGGCUUCUGCAGAUGGGAAGGCACGCUCUGGGCCCGGGAACGCUACGAGCGCGACGAGGGUGUUCAUGUUAGGGAUACAACGGGUAUGGAGAUUGGCGAGUGGGUAGACCGCCGCAAGCACAGGAUAUCGGCACGCAACAAGAGCAUCAACGUGAAGACGGAUAUCGAGGUUGAGAUUGAGGAGGUGCCGCCGACGGAGGAGAUGAUUGGGCCGCAACAAACAGUCGCUGGAGAUACGGAAAUGCGGGACGAGGACGACGAGAGCGACGAAGAAGAUGAGAGCGUGGGAUUCGAGUUGAACCAACGCCUCCUCCACGCAGCAGCCAUGAGGGAACAGGGCGUCAACGUAGCCAUGGAUCCAGAAUGGGAGGAUUACCUCAAGGAAGCCCAGGAACGGGGUGAGCUCAAUAUCGAGGCCACACAGGAAGCUCUGCGGACCAUGGCCGCGCAGCUAGCCAACGUGAACCAGCCCGACUCGAGUCAAAGUUACGAACCUCCGGCGGCACCAGCAUAAGAUCUCCGCGCUUCUCUGGGAUCGAUCUUUUCCCUUCCAUUUCCGAAUCUGAUUUGUUGAACGAGCUUGAUACUUUGUUUUCCAUGCAUUAGCAUACAAUACCCCGUUCUGAUUUCCCCACCACACCACAACACACCACUCAGCCCCUCAUGUGGAAUACCCCACGCCU